GCGUGUCCCCAACUUUGUGGCGCCCUCAGGCCGCGGCGACUGGGUUAGAGAUGCCUUCCAGCGGCAGAGCGCUGCUGGACUCGCCGCUGGACAGCGGCUCCCUGACCUCCCUGGACUCUAGUGUCUUCUGCAGCGAGGGUGAAGGGGAGCCCUUGGCGCUCGGGGACUGCUUCACGGUCAACGUGGGCGGCAGCCGCUUCGUGCUCUCGCAGCAGGCGCUGUCCUGCUUCCCGCACACGCGCCUUGGCAAGCUGGCCGUGGUGGUGGCUUCCUACCGCCGCCCCGGGGCCCUGGCCGCCGUGCCCAGCCCUCUGGAGCUUUGCGACGAUGCCAACCCCGUGGACAACGAGUACUUCUUCGACCGCAGCUCGCAGGCGUUCCGAUAUGUCCUGCACUACUACCGCACCGGCCGCCUGCAUGUCAUGGAGCAGCUGUGCGCGCUCUCCUUCCUGCAGGAGAUCCAGUACUGGGGCAUCGAUGAGCUCAGCAUCGAUUCCUGCUGCAGGGACAGAUACUUCAGAAGAAAAGAGCUGAGUGAAACUUUAGACUUCAAGAAGGACACAGAAGACCAGGAAAGUCAACAUGAGAGUGAACAGGACUUCUCCCAAGGACCUUGUCCCACUGUUCGCCAGAAGCUCUGGAAUAUCCUGGAGAAACCUGGAUCUUCCACAGCUGCCCGUAUCUUUGGUGUCAUCUCCAUUGUCUUCGUGGUGGUGUCCAUCAUUAACAUGGCCCUGAUGUCAGCUGAGUUAAGCUGGCUGGACCUGCAGCUGCUGGAAAUCCUGGAGUAUGUGUGCAUUAGCUGGUUCACCGGGGAGUUUGUCCUCCGCUUCCUGUGUGUGCGGGACAGGUGUCGCUUCCUAAGAAAGGUGCCAAACAUCAUAGACCUCCUUGCCAUCUUGCCCUUCUACAUCACUCUUCUGGUAGAGAGCCUAAGUGGGAGCCAGACCACGCAGGAGCUGGAGAACGUGGGGCGCAUUGUCCAGGUGUUGAGGCUGCUCAGGGCUCUGCGCAUGCUAAAGCUGGGCAGACAUUCCACAGGAUUACGCUCCCUUGGGAUGACAAUCACCCAGUGUUACGAAGAAGUCGGCCUACUGCUCCUAUUUCUAUCCGUGGGAAUCUCUAUAUUUUCAACUGUAGAAUAUUUUGCUGAGCAAAGCAUUCCUGACACAACCUUCACAAGUGUCCCUUGUGCAUGGUGGUGGGCCACCACCUCUAUGACUACUGUGGGAUAUGGGGACAUUAGACCAGACACCACCACAGGCAAAAUCGUGGCCUUCAUGUGUAUAUUAUCGGGAAUUCUUGUCUUGGCCUUGCCUAUUGCUAUUAUUAACGAUCGCUUCUCUGCUUGCUACUUCACCUUGAAACUCAAGGAAGCAGCUGUUAGACAGCGUGAAGCCCUAAAGAAGCUUACCAAGAAUAUAGCCACUGACUCAUAUAUCAGUGUUAACUUGAGAGAUGUCUAUGCCCGGAGUAUCAUGGAGAUGCUGCGACUGAAAGGCAGAGAAAGAGCAAGUACUAGGAGCAGCGGGGGAGAUGAUUUCUGGUUUUGAAUUAAUUUUCAAUUUAUUUACAAAAGCUAUGUACAAUUAACUAAAAUGAUAAAGCAGUGAUGUGGAUUUCUGUAUUCUGAUGAUGAGUCUCUUCAGAGUACUGCUCAUCUUAAUUAAUUUUUGCUGAUACAUUGCUUCAUCUACUAGAAUAUUUCACAUCACCUAUAACAACUGCACAGUGUUCUGACACAUUUGAGUGUCCAAAAUAGCCAAUUAACACAACCAAAUACAACUGGGCCAAUAUAAACAUCUUUGAAUUGUCAAAUAUAAAAUAAUGUUAUUGCAAUACAUACAAAAAAGUUAAAGAUUUUAUGUAUCACUAACAUUAGAAGUUUUUUGCACCACUAAUUUUUUAAAAAUGGAAGGUAAACUGCAUAGCCCAGAGAAAGAUAAGUAAAUAUUUAAGAACAUAUUGAACUUUGCUAUUUAAAGAUAUUAUCCAAGUACAUAAAUUACUCCUUUCUCUAUCAGUUAAAGCUAUUGAAUAUAAUACUUAGCUUUACAAGAGAAAACCCUUAUUUGAUGGGCAGAGAUUAUAUCCCUAUCUUCUUUUUCAUGUAAACCACUGGUCACAAAUGAACUGAUCUCUGUAUCCCAUUAUUACCAUAAGAGGUGGGAAUCCCAAAACUGCUUAGAUUGCAGUACAUGAGUCUACACAAAGACUUCAACAAUUGCACAUCUUCAUUCUCCCAACUGAGUGUAGUAUGUGGAGCAUAAAACAGCAUAUUUCUUAGUAUUUCAUGAAUAUCAGAUGGUCUUUAAAUGUCUCUUUAUGGAUGUAUUGUUCACGUUAUGGCUUUAAAAUAAUGAAUAUGUAAAAGUGAGGUAGUGAACAUCCUAAAUUUCUGCACUGGAAUUACUAAAUAAUCUUAUUUCAUAAAAUGGGAAAUAUAUGUUAAAUGACAUCACUGGAUGAACUUGAAGAUCUUUUACUUGUUAACAAAAAAAUACUAUGGACAGCUUUCUGAUUGUUGGGGUAAAUAGCAAAUGUUCAAACUUGGCAGGCAUUUUGACAUUCAUCAUAAUAACACAAUUCCUAGACAUUGUAUUAUAUAAUUAAAGCCAAAACCUCUAAAGCUAAGAACUAGCUCAUGAUUCCCAUUAUUUUAGUAAAUGAGAUUCUAUAACCUAAGAAUAACAAGGAAUGCAUCACUUUAAUACCUACAUUUCCAAUAUAAUAGAGCCCCCAAGGGGAAGAAAAUUGGUUCUUGAGGGAAAAAAAAUCUUAUCACUUCAUUUACAAAACACAGAUAAGCAUAUUGAGUAUAUCUGUGGUAUUAACAUUUCAUGGGGGUGAGAUGUUAGGGAAAAAAGCCUAGAAGGCUCUUUGCCAGGGGUGAAUGGUGAUAAGAAAUAAACAUUGAGGACUGCUUUAAUAUAUAGCUAUAACGUAUUUCAUAAACUCUAUUUAAGACAUCCUAUUAUGCUAUGCACUACCAAGAAAGAAAGAUGCCAGUCAAUUGUAAGAUGCCAUUAACUGUAAAAUGCAUCCGGAUUUCAGAUAUGUAAAAAUUUAAAAUAAGCACCUUAAAAUCUAUGAAAUAUCGCAUGUACUACCUCCUGUUUUCUGGUAUGCAUGGGUAAGCUCUGAAAACAUUUUCACUGAUGGCAUGAGUUUUAGAUUGUGUGCUAAAGUACUUUAAUUCAUUUAACUUGUUUCCACUUCUCCUAAAUAUUAUAAAAGGUUCAGGAGAUAUGAAUAUUAGUAAGAUAAAUAUUUUACUUCUUACACACAUACAUGGGUGCUAGAUUGUGGCACAGGGCCACUAGUCACAGUAUAAAUCCCUUCCACAAUCUGAAGGGAAAGUAGAAGUUAGACACAGAAGGUAAACUUACUCCAGCUUUUCUAGAACUUUCCCUAAUAAGAAUAGUUACUCUGAUCCAGGACUAUGCUCUGUAUUCAUCAUGUAUUAUGCCAUUUUAUCCUCAAAAUAUCCCUAUUAUAUAAUUACUAUUCUUAUACUCUUCAAAAUACAUAUUUUAUAUAUUUAUUAACUCAACAAAUAUUUAUUAAGGAUCUUUGGUGUUCUGGGGACUAGGGAGUCUUUCUUAAACAAGACUAGGUCCUGUUUUCUUGUAAUUAAUAUUCUGUUCAAAGGUGUGUGAGGAAAAGACAGCGAAACUGAAACAUUAAAAGGUAUAAACUUGCCUAAAUUCACACAGGCUAUAGACGGCAGAGCCAGCGCUGAAUACCAAUCUGCCUGACCCGGAAAACGACACUCCUAAAAGUCAAAUUGCAGAUUUCAUUCUUCCUACACAAGCUCUGCAUAGAAAUUUAUUUUUUAGGCAGGCAAGCCAACUUCUUGUGCAUGGAGAAGUUCAAUAUGCCUUAAGUAAAAUAUCAGCUUAUUCUCAGAGGUGGAAUGGUGCUUUUAAGAAAAGGCUGUGGUGACACCUUAUAGUCAUUAUUAGAUUAAAAAUAUAUUAUCUUUAGAGUAAAUAGUAGUUGGAAAAUAAAAAAAUUAAAAACUAUGUGUAUACAUAUGUAUAUAUGUUUUUAUCAUGGAGGAUCCUAAACAUCUUCUCUACAAAUGUGCUGUUAGCUAUAUAAAUGUUGUCAAGAUGUAGGUAUUCAGAAAGAAGUUUUAAAGUAUCAUUGCUUACUCAAUUUUGCUGUUAAAUAAAAUAUCAUUUUAUUUAUUCAAUGAA